CAGACUGCAUAAACAUGUGCCAUCAUUGAUCUCGUACCAAGCUCUCUUUAUCCACUACAACUUUCAUCUUCGACAUUAUAUUCCCACUUUAUUACGAACCUCAUUAACUGUCUUCUUUGACAAUGCUGGUUUCUCUCACUGUCGGCAAAGUAGACGCCGGCGUAACUGUUCUACUAACCCCCGAUAAACGUUUGAUCGAAUUCCCAUCGAUCUUAUUACCACCAAACAUCGUUUCUGGUUCCAUAGUGGACAUCACCGUUUCUCGCAAUCACGAAUCCGAAGCUAAAGCUGAGGCUCAAUUCUCGGCCCUUCAAGAUCGCAUAUUCUCCUCCUUUGGCGCGUCUGAACCCAGCACGCCCGUCCUACGCUGCCGCAAUGCUACUCAGACCUCUGUAGUCCUCGAGUGGGACCCUAUCGAGCUUGCUACGGCCGACCUCAUCUCCUUAUCCCUUUAUCGCAAUGGACAGAAAGCUGGGAACAUCCCCCGGCCCUUGCACAUGCACAGCACCAAGAUUAGUGGCCUCGCUGUCGAUACCGAAUAUUCUUUUCAUCUAGUCCUGCGCACCACCGCUGGCACCUUUGCCAGCAAGCAGGUCGUUGUUCGCACCCAUAGGAUGACUGACUUGAGCGGCAUCACCAUCACUACGGGAAUCCUACCACCCCAUACACGCGAGGAACUCUCCAAGGCCGUUGAGCGCAUCGGUGCUAAGAUCGUCGACGGUGUGCGCAUUGAUACCACCCAUUUUGUUACCACCGAGGGCCGCGGCGUACCGUGGGAGAAAGCUGUCGAGAUGAAUAUUCCUGUCGUACGACCAGAGUGGGUCGAGGCUUGCGAGAAGAGUGGUCGCAUCCUAGGUGUCACCAAGUUUUACUUGGAUGCUAUAAGGCCUGCUCCCUCGGGAGCGGGCGAGGAGGCGCAAAGACCAAUGCCAUCUUCCGCGCCGGCACAACAGAGCCAGAAAGACCUUCCACGACCGCCAGCCCAACCCAGCCCCAAAAAGGAAACGGAAGCCAAGAAAGAGGAGGAGGAGAGCGAGAGUAGUGAAGAGGAAGAUGACGAAGAGAAGGGAGGAGAUGAAGAGAAGGCAAAAGCUACCAACGAACAGAAAGUAAGGUUCGAAGACAAGGACACUCAGAAGGUCGCACUGCGACCGAAAGGCGAACCGCAAACUGCAGAAAAAGACGAGGAAAAAGAGCCGGAGAAGGAGCCGGAGAAAAAGAAGGAGAAAGAAGGCGAGGACAGCUCAGACGACAAGGGCCCCGCGCCAUCUCCUGGUGAUGAGGCGUCUUUUCAAAAUGUAGAGCUGUAGGCGCGUUCUAAGUCUCAAAAAAUAAUAGCAUGGAGUUCUCAGGGGUUUCCCAAAGAUACCCAACACAGGUCACAAAAAUGGCGGUUGUCAAGUCGAACUGUUAAUAUACCUGUAUAGUAUGAACGGCAUGGCUUUCGCGUACUCUUCGAGAGAGAGCAAUUGUUCUUCGUAAUUCUGAUAAUUCAUGGCUGCCUUUGAAAGGCGCGUGAUCCAAAAGACUACUAGACGGCUUACGCGUAAUACCUAUACUAGUAGACUUACCAAGAGCCCAUCGAUACCUCACUUUUACUCCUAUACAAACGGGUAACGGGUAGAUGGAAGAAGUAUCUCGAGCUGGGUUACAUGGCUUAACCCAAGUAUUCGGACCCAUGAGCCACAUACAUCCUCAUCCAAGCCUUAGGGCAGAACUUCCUCGCCCCGAUGAUCCCAGCAGCGUCCCCUAUCCGUCUCCACAUUCCUCGUCCGCACGACCUCCAGCAUCCGCUCGACGGCAUGCUGCGGAUCAAACAGCUGCCCGGCCGGCACGCGGUCCCAGAACUCCCGGCUCAGCCCCGUCCGCACCGUGCCCGGGUGGUACGCGAUGG